AUGCCGUUUAAACUUGAAUCUGUUCUGGAGCCCUUCAAAGGCGAUAGUGACUUUGCUCUAUGGCUGAGGGAGUUUGACACUGUUGGUGAUGCUUCUAAGUGGAGUCCACGCCAGAAGGCGCAGUACUUGGUCCUGUUCAUGAAGGGUGCCGCAAAAGAUGUCGCUCGGCAAGCUCUAGAUGAAGUGGACGACGUGGUCGAGAGUGACAGGGUCUAUACGCAUCCACGGACGUGUUGCUCAAGGAGAGUAUCCUGUAUUGCCUACCCCCCCGACGUCCGCAAAGCUAUCGAUGCGUUUGAGGAGGAUGGGAAGGAACUUGCAUUGAACGAUGUCGUUGCUAAAGCACGGACCCUAUUGAAGCUCAUGCCGAAGAACACUCAGCCGGUGGCGGCGGCCAUUACUAGUGGCAAAUAUUGCUAUGUGUGUAAAGCAACUGGGCACACAGCUAAGGAAUGUGGCCGAAAUGAUGGUGUGCCGAAAAGGAGACAAGAUAAGCCCGACAAGAUGAAGAAGGUCAAGUGCUUCGCAUGUCAUCAACGAGGCCAUUUCGCUAGAGACUGCCCCGCUAAGUCCGGCCUUAAGCAAGCCGCUGCUGCACAGGUCGAGAAGGGUUUUCCCAAAGCAAGGCGAUCGUCGGACGAGAUCGUCUUGCAGAUGUAG